AUGUCAUCACCGCAAGGAUCGAUGCCGGGAGCAGAUUAUCCACAACUUGCACAUCUGAUGUAUAGAGUUCCGGAGCUUGCCAUAUUUCGCUCCUUUCGUGAGCUUACCUUGCUUCGCCUUUUAAGUCUCCAAGCGGAACUUUUAGAACUUGUCGAAGAGUAUGAAGCAUCGUACGAGGCAGACCUUAGGGGAGAUUCUGAACAACCCACAACACACGAACGUCAAGAACUCAGUCGAAGUUUUCGAAAGCUUCGCGAAAGUGGCCCUAUCGAAAGUCUGCAGUAUGAAGCGCUAGAUAGCAUCUUUAAAAAAGUCGACGAGUUUUAUGCUGCUUUUAUACAGGCCUCUGAAAUGUCCAAAGCGUCCAAACCGGAGAAAGGCGAUUUGGACCAUCUUCGACAGUGGUUGUCUCAUCCAACAGUUGGUGGGAACUUUCUUCCCAAGUCGGAAGAUGCCUGGGUCAAAAAGUACGAUGCCGACCAAAUAACGCUGAUAGCAAAAGAAGGUGGUUUAAUGAGAAGGUCUUCGAGUUGGAUUAUCUUAAUCUACGACUGGGUUUUGGGUCGGCACUUUGUACCUGAUGUUAUUGAUUCUGAAACAGGGUCACGAUAUUAUCCCACCACGUUAGAAAAGAGGAUUGCAAAAGUUACAACUUCAGUCAUUGCUUCACUGAUACCUGGUCUCGUCAUACUCGGAUUAUACUUUAUUGACACUACAAUAAAGCGGAUUGGUACUAUGCUUGCCUGCACCGCAGUAUUUGCUUUUGUUUUGUCAUUCUGGACUCAGGCAAAUGUGAUUGAUGUGUUUGCCGCCACCGCUGCGUUUGCUGCAGUUGAAGUCGUAUUUAUUGGUAGUGCUAUCACAAAUAGUACUGGUGUAUGA